GAUGUGACACUUCCGGUCUGGACCGCUCGGUUUCGGUUGACGAUAGUGAAACCUCCAACGGGGAUUGAGGAGUAACACUGCGGCUGUAGAGAUGUCGGUGAACGGUAACAAAUUCAGCUCUUUGACCCUAGUGCAGUUAAACGAGCUGCUGGAGGACGAAGAGAAACUGAGUAACAUGGUCCAGGAGAUGGACGAGGUGCAGAAUGUGAAGCUGACGAAAGAAAUGACCCUAGCAAGUAAUCGCAGCUUAGCAGAACAAAACCUCCUACAUCAGCCCAAACUAGACUGUCUUAAAGUGCAGGUAACAAAGAAAUACUGUCAACUGCAGGAGCAGUUUGAGAAGUAUCAGAUGAGGAAAACGACACUAGACCACCAGUCCAGCAGGGGCUCCAUUGACACACUCCUGGCUCUCCUGCAGGCAGAAGGAGCUAAAAUUGAAGAAGAAACAGAGAACAUGGCUGAAAAGUUUCUCGAAGGGGAAUCGUCCUUGGACUCAUUCAUUGACGAGUAUCAGAGCAAGCGGAAACUGGCUCACCUGCGGCGGGUGAAAAUCGACAAGCUCCGGGAGAUGGUGCUGAAGGGACACCGGCUGCCCCAGGCUCCAGCGCAGGCUCCCCUGGCUCCAGAAGCAACCCCAGCCCCCCAGACACCCCUUUCGUUCUCCUCCGACAGCAACGUUCCUCCUCUCCCCAUGCCAAGACGGGCUCCGCCUGCACCUCCAGCCAUAAGCGCUGCCCAGCCCACUCCUUUCACUGCUGCAAUGCAAUCAGGGCCAGCUCCUCUGCCUUACCCAGUCACUCCAUACCCUCCUAUACCUCCUCGAGUGGGCAACCCACUCCUAAACCAGCCUACAGCAGGCUACCCCAACCCGUUUCUGCAUCAGUACCCACCAGCACUCCCCCAAAGACCCCCACCUCACCUCGCCCCGCAGCCCGGCUUUAUCAUGCAGUGAACAGGUACUGUAGUUAAGGGCAAAUUUCUGGAUAGUAGAAAUACAUGUAAAAUACAUAUGUAUGCAGUGGAAAGCUGUUUGAUAGGAUUCACAUACUGUAUGCUUGUAAAUGCAUAGGGUGUUUGGUAAAAAAACAAAAAACACUUCAGUUUUAUGUAACUAGUUAAGGUGUGUUUUGGUUGUAUUUGUCACUUUGGUAGAGAAUUCAAACUGCUCCUGAGUCCUGAUUCACUCCAGGCUGUUAAGUCAUACGGAUGGUUUUAUAUAUAUUUUUUCCCAUUACUGGAAACAUAGUUGUGGUAGCACAUUUAUACACAUGACAAGUUUAAGUUUUCCCUAUUUUAAAAGCUUUUUUUUUUCUUCCUAUGAUAGCAAUCUUAAUUUUAUUCUGUUUAUGACAUUUUCAAAUUAUUUACAUUUAAUGAUAGGACAAGCUGUACAAUAACCCUGGAUGUUCCUGAUUGAACAGCACUGUGCUGUGGGGUACACUUUAGAGAGGAGGCUAAGAAUCAGAUCUAGAAAGAUCAACAGUAACAUGCAUUGAAGAGAUUUACAACACACUGUGCUACAACACCUGUGCUGAAGUUCAAACUACAGCUAAAGUGAACCUAAACAUUUUGGAUAAUCAGGUUAAAAGCGCAAACCAGCUACCAAAGAUGUUGUUUUUGUGAUCUUCUUUUUUAUUUUUAGGUUGCUGGUGUUUUUGGGGAUUUUUUUGUUUUAUUGAGUAUUAAGAAAAAAAAAACUAAAACUGGAUUUUCAGGAUUUGCUUUGUGGACUUUUUAGAAUAAAUGUGAUAAAUCCUUAAAAUAAAUAUUUCACUGCAUAGAUUUGACCGAAAUUGCUAUUAUGCCGAGCUCACCCCCCCCUCCCAACGAUGUGCACAAGGUUCCACAUCAGACCAGUUCUUAUAACCACUGUUUGUUGUACCUUUUUGUACAUGUACAAGUAUAUAGUAAUUUGUAUUUGAGCUGGUGGUCGAACAUGUUCAGGGAAUAUCAGUUUAAAGAAGCAUUAACCUAUUUGAAAUGUUGCUAUAAAUGUUUUUGGAACUUGCACAUUUAAAACCAUAUAUGCAUGUGACUUUAAAGUGCCUUUGUAGCACUGCUUGUGAUGGGUGGACUUCAACAGAAAACUGGCUGGCAUCAGUAGGCACCUCAUUGGGCACUGUUACUUUUCAUUCUAGUCUUCCUAGCAGGGUGUGGUUUGUAAUACAGUAUAGCAGGGUGUAGUGGGAUGUUGAAAUGCAGGAGAUGUAUUUUUUUUUUGGGGGGGGGGGGGGGGGGGGGGAUACCGUUGCAUAUAGUAAUGUUGUAAUGCUUUAGUCAGGUCAGUGGUCAGUGGUGCAGUAUCUCAGGAAAGAUUUUAGACCAAAUAGAAUAUGCCACCUGCUUUGGUUUUGUCAAAGGAAAGGAAAACUUUUUUGUGACCCUCUGUGCUAUCCUUUUGGUUUUUACUAAUAGUUAAAAACUUGGGGAUUUAGAGAAUAAAGAAAACCGCAGCAUUAUAGCUUUUUAAUGUUGGUGAUUGAUAAAACGCCGUUGGAAGAGUCCUGUUGCCCUUGAACACUUCGCCAUGAUGUGGCUUCGGGUUUCCUGAACUCCAGUGUUCAUGUACACACCCCAUCAGCCAGCCCCGCUGGUUCCUUUUGAAGAACCUUGUUUUUAUUUGUAACAGCGAGGCAGAGCUGACCACUCACUGUAGCAGAGACCCCUUGCAGAAUUACCACCCUAACUAUGGCAGUGAAUUGAAAGGUCUUUUUGCAGAGUGUAAAUAGCCUUGUGUUACACCUUUUUUUAAUCAAUCACUGUAACAUAACUGAACAUCUGAAGUAAAUGUUGCUUUCAGAAUUCAGUGAGAGCUAUCGGGUACAACUGCCACAAUAUAAAACGUCAAGUGGUUUGCUAUUCUGCUAGCACUCUGCUGUUAAAGCCAUCCUUUGUGCUCCUAGCCUGGUCACUUGUGGGUUAGGAACUAGUUUAAAUAUACCCUACAGCUACAGUACGAUGGUCUAAUGUAUAGCGCUCUUGUACCACCCUACUUAUCAACUGCAUAUCUGAUUUAAGAUUAUAAAAAAGAAAAUAUGUAGAUUCUCUGUCAAAACUGCAAAAAUGUGAGUUUGUACUCCUACUUUGUCAAACUGUCAAUAUAUAUGUGUGUGUGUCUGUAUAGUCUUGUUUUUUUUUUAUUAUAUUAAGUUUAAUCUAGCUACUCCUUUCCUAACAAUUGUUAUUAUUAAAGUAAAAACAGCUGUGAUGAAAAAAAAUACAUAUGUGCUAUACAUUUUGUUCAUUGAGGUGCUAAGAUUUCUCCUUAACCAAAUUGCCAUAGUAAAACUUAAGGUCUAAUUUGCUGUAUACCCAAUCAGCAGCACUUCGUGCCUAAACAAAGAAGUUCAAUAACUACAAAAUUUGUCAAUGUGUACUUUCAGGGUGUAAAAGCUCCACCUAGCCUUUUGUAGUUUUAUUUAUUUAUUAAUAUUUAUUUUUAAUUUUUAGUUUUUUUUUUUCCAAUUCAGUGGCUGUGCUGCUAAGCAUUGGUAAGCCAAGCUUGGAAAGCCCUGUUUGGCUUCAGAAUUGUGCAUGCAUUAACAUAACGGAUUUGCAUCUCCAUUGUUUGCAUGCUGUAGUAUGUGAGCAUGCAGGUAUGUUCCACAUACCUGAAAUCUAUUUCCAUGCAGGUGUGGGGAGCCAGCUACCCUCAUUCAAGAGCUCACUCAGCCGAUGGAUGGAUGUUUUUACCCAAAACCUUGAUUCAAACAAGAAGUUACUCGCCUUGCCAGUUUAAAGUGGUUGCCAAACUCUGCCUUUUUAAACUAAACUGGUACUAUUGAGAGAUAUUGUAUCUACAUCCUUUUAUUUGAAUCUUGUUGUUCAACAGUAGGUGGAUCUUGAACUCCCUGUGAUAGGUGAGCCUCAGUAAGCACUGUACUCUCAGAAAUCACUGUUUUUAUAAUGUAAAAAGUAGCUCCUUCUACACUCCUAAUGUAAAAUAAAAUGUAUUGUAAUAACUCCUCUGUAUGACUAAUUAAGGUUGUAGUGGUGGACUGCGUAAGUUACCUCUGACUAUUUUAAGUCUAAUAAACAGUUUUUAUAUCUG